UAACGUUCCCCACUUUCUAAGCAACAUCAUCUCCGCCACCUUUCCUUUCAUAUAAAAAUCACUCUUCCUUAUCCUCUCCCCUCACACAAACAAAAACAAAAACAAAAACAAACAACCCUUCAACUCAUCUUUUCCUUCUUCUUCUUCUUUCAGCACCAACGCAACACAACACAACACGAUUAGUUGAAAGGUAAAAGGUGAUUUCUAAUUCGAGAUGGGUAUGCUGAGCGAUGAAGACCCUAAUUCGAAACCAAUCUUGAUCCGUGAAGUGUGGGCCUCCAACCUUGAAUCCGAAUUUGAAAUCAUUCGUGAAGUCAUCGACCGUUACCCUUUCAUCUCCAUGGACACCGAAUUCCCCGGCGUUAUCUUCCGUCCCCACGUGGGUCCCACAAAGCCUAACUACCUCAAACCCUCCGACCACUACCGAUUCUUGAAGUCCAACGUUGACGCUCUCAACCUCAUCCAGGUCGGUCUCACUCUCUCCGACGCCCACGGCAACCUCCCUCACCUAGGAACCUCUAACCGCUUCAUCUGGGAAUUCAACUUCAGCGACUUCGACGUCGAGCGUGACCCUCACGCGCCUGAUUCCAUCGAUCUGCUCCGCCGUCAGGGGAUGGACUUUCGCCGGAACGCUGCCGACGGCGUUGACUCGUCGCGGUUCGCUGAGUUGAUGAUGUCGUCGGGACUCGUCUGCAACGAGUCGGUGAGUUGGGUGACGUUUCACAGCGCGUAUGAUUUUGGGUACCUGGUGAAGAUCCUGACCCGACGGAGCUUGCCCAACGGGUUGGAGGAAUUCCUGAGGAUGCUGAGGGUGUUUUUCGGAAACAACGUUUAUGACAUCAAACACAUGAUGCGGUUCUGUAACUCCCUUUACGGCGGUCUGGACCGGAUUGCCCGGACCCUCAAGGUGGACCGGGCCGUUGGGAAAUGCCACCAAGCCGGGUCUGACAGCUUGUUGACGUGGCAUGCGUUUCAGAAAAUGAGGGACAUUUAUUUCUUGAAGGAUGGGCCCCAAAAACAUGCCGGCGUAUUGUUUGGAUUGGAAAUCACCUGUUCGGUUAUUUGA